AUGUUUUUCAAUAACAUUAUUAGAUUAGCAGUUUUAAUUAACAAGUUAGUAUUUAGCUUAACUUUUGUAGAAUUCGACUCAAAUGAGAGUGAUUUAGAAAAUGAAAAUCAUGUUUCUUAUGUAUAUAACUCAGAUGUUAGUGAAGAAGAAAUAGUAAGUCUUCUAGAAGAAAAGUAUAGAUUUAGAAAUGAUAAUACUACUAAAAGAUUUCGUAUAGCAAGUGGAGGAAAAGCCUAUCCAGUAUUCCCAGAAAAGGAUGAUAGAAAACUAGCGUGGGCCUUUCGCACUUAUGCUGUAAGACGCAUCGUUGGAGGAAUGGACACGAGCAUCAGCAUGUAUCCUUACAACGUAGCAAUAUCAAGAAAUGGAAAACAUUGGUGUGGAGGAUCUAUCAUAGAUGAACAGUGGGUUUUGAGUGCUGGACACUGUUUUGAAUCAGCUUAUGAUGGAGAUAAAAGGAAACUUCUACCUUUUAUAUUGAGAGCUGGAAGCUCAUUUCACAACAGAGGAGGCUAUCAAGCUAGAGUAAAUAAGGUUUUCUUCCCAGGUGGAUAUUCUCCUGGGAAUGCUGACUUUGACUUCUCGCUAUUACGCUUAGAUCGCCCAUUACCCAUAGGACGGAAUAUAGCUGUUCUAAAUCUGCCUGCGCCAGCCUAUUCUAUUGAUGUGGACGACAUACUGAUAGUCACCGGAUGGGGAAGUACUCAUGAAUCAGGAUAUGGCCACAUUCCAGACAGACUUCGCUUCGUACCAGUACCGGUAAUGUCAUUAGAGAAAUGUCAAAAUGCUUAUAAUUUCUACAUCACGCCUAGAAUGAUAUGCGCGGGAUACGCGACAGGGGGGAAAGAUGCUUGUAACCAUGAUUCAGGAGGUCCAGCAGUCAGAGAUGGGGUUCUAAUUGGGGUGGUUUCCUUUGGUGGUAAAAAGUGUGGAGAUCCCCGAUUCCCCGGCGUUUACAGUCGAGUGUCAUCUAUUACUCAAUGGGUUGACUUAACCAUAAGAUCUAAUGAAGCAUUUACUGUCCCGGAACUGAAAGCAAAUAUUAGGAAGGCCAGGCAAAGGGAACGGGAGUUGCAAAAGUUCAAAGCGCGUGUUGAAGAGAAGAAGAAUAAAAUCAAAUCGUGGUUACGAAACACUUUGAAGUCACCUAUAUUCCUACAUCUUGCUAAAAAGAAGUUAGCUGAAGCCGGCUUUAUAGUCAGAAGAAACUUCAGAAGAAUUUUAGCUGAACCGGAAAAUAUUUUAGAUGAUAAAACUAUGGACGAAAUUAAUCUGUCAAAUUUAAUUAAUGAAUGGAUUUUAGAAGAAGACGUAGAAAAGAACGAGGCAGAAUUACUUCUAAGAGCUUUGGCGUUACAAGAUGUUGUUUACAAUGAAAGUGAGAAAGAGACCCUUGAAAACAAAAUGGAGAGUGAUAAUGACAUGGAAGCACUUAUUGCUAUUUUAAAG